AUGCUAGCCCAGGAAUCGCUGGUUCACUACCACUUUGGAACGUGUCAGCAGAAGAAGAUCUUCCCUCACUUCCACCCCCACAACUUUUUGGGGAACAAGUUUAUGCCUAUUAGGGGAGCACCCCACAGAGGGCCUGGAUGUUACGGCACCGAGAGUAGGUAUGACUGGGUGUACAGCCUCUCCAAGAUCCCGACCAGUAUAAAAGGAUAUACUUUGGGAGCCAGAACAUCCGUGAGGUUUAAGCAAGCCAAGGAUGCGACACCUCAUCCAGGCACGUACCAGACAGUCAGUCUUCAGGAACAAAAACACAAACAAAGUUUUGCUCCAUUUAAUGCCAUGUUGCCUCGAUUUAGGACAUGCUCAAAGGACAUGUGUUAUCCUGGCCCUGGCACGUACAACCCAGAGAUAAAGCCACCCCCAAAAGUUACCUGGCCAAUGAAAUUUGGAUCUCCAGAUUGGGCUCAGGUUCCAUGUCUACAGAAAAGAACCAUAAAAGCUGAGCUGCCCACUGACAAGGACUUCAGAAGACACCGGAACCGGUUGGCCUACUUGAGCUUGUUCUACGAUUGAGAAGCUGGGCCUUCGCUCACAGGCUCCCCCUGGCCGCAGGAUGUCCUGGAUGGACAGAGCUGCUCUUCUCCCUCUGCCCCGCUGUGGUCCCCUGUCUGCCAGCACGGGGCCCGGGGAGGGGCAAGGGCUCGUGACCACCACGCGAGAGCAUAAAGACAGUUCAGAACCUUCUCUUCCACGUGCUGGCUCGUUGUAUUCCUGCUUAGAUGGGUCUGGGGGUUCCUGUUGCGUGUUCAGUGGGGUGGCAAACACUGCGAACCAUUCAUCGAUCAGUCUGAAUUUUCAGCACAGGAUUUGACUGAACACAAUCAAUUCAAGUUGGAAGGAAAAUCAAAUUAGUGAUAUUCUUCUGCCAUUGACAUGGAUGAAAUAGAAUUGAGUACGGCUUUGGGGCUGUGGGAAAGAUGGUGCCAUACACUUCAAAACCCAAAAAGGAAG